AUGGCUAUGAUCGGGAUUGUACCAGAAGUGUUCAAAGAAGAGAACUAUGAGUUUUGGAAAAUAUGUUUAAAAAGUUAUCUAGUUGGUCAAGGUUUAUGGGAUGUGGUCUCUAGAGAUGCAAAAUCUGAGGAGGAAGACGAACCACAAGAGUGGCAAAGGAAGAACGCUCAGGCUUUGCAUGCUAUUCAACUCGCGUGUGGAUCACAAGCAUACUCCAAGUACAAGAAGAAUACGCAUGUCUCUGCUAAAUUUGCUUGGGAUCAUUUGGCUGAAUUGGGUCAUAAAAAAGAUCAAGAUGUUUCUGGUGAAGUAGUUUGUCAAUUUUGGGUUGAAAAACACCAUCUAUAUGAAGACCUAUACAACGCUAUUGAGGAUGACGACAUGGAACGAGUGAAUGUGAUCCUUAAGAAGGAACCCAAUGCUACAACGUCAAUUGUAUCUUCACAUGGAGAUACAGCUCUCCACAUUGCAAUCCUCUCUGGAAAAAUAGAGAUUGCACUAGACUUAGUGAAGAAGAUACCCCCAGAAGAAUUAGAAAUUAGCAAUGAGUUUGGGGCCACUCCUCUCUCUCUAGCUGCUAUAACCGAAAACAUAACAUUGGCUAAAGCCAUGGUGGAAAAGAAUAACAAUUUGGUUACCCUAAAAAGUGGAAAUACUGACCAGAGCUCCCUUCCUGUCAUUGUGGCAUCAAUGUAUGGUAGAAAGCGAAUGGUUCACUAUCUCUACUCCAAGACCCCAAAACACCUACUAGACCCAAAUAACCCUGACCCGAAAUACAAAUUGGAUGGUGUGUUGCUACUGAAUAAUUUGAUCACCGCAGAUUUCUACGAUAUUGCUUCGGAGCUACUCAAGUUGUUCCCAAAGCUUGGCAUCAUGGCGGAUCACCAUGACGAUUAUGCUCUUCACAAAUUAGCACAUAAGCCUUCUGCAUUUGCAAGUGGAAGCAAAUUUCCAUAUUGGAAACAAUGGAUCUAUAACUGUGUGCGUAUACAUUCUCCUUGGGAAGUUGACACCAAAAUCAAUACCCCUGGUGAUCAUCAAGAUGAAUUCAUCAGCCACCACCCUGGCUUUCUACAUCAGCUAGGUUGGAUCUUGCUACGGCUAAUCGGUAUGCAUGUCAUACUUCUGUACCCGAUAUCAAGUAUUUGCAUGACAGAAAGUUAG